AUGGACCCUAACAUCCAGCGCGCGCUGAAUGACAAGCUCUACGAUAAACGCAAAGUCGGAGCCCUCGAGGCUUGCGGCCGCGGCUAUUGCAUUGGGACAGUUCUGGCUUGCUUUACCGACCAGGAUGCCCGGGUUCGCUAUUAUGCGUGCGAGGCCAUGUACAACAUCGCAAAGGUUGCCAAGGGGGAGAUUCUCGUGUACUUCAACAGCAUAUUUGACCAGCUCUGCAAGCUUGGCGCAGAUUCCGAGCUGUCUGUGAAGAAUGGCGCUGAACUUCUGGACCGUCUCGUCAAGGAUAUUGUGUCCGAAUCGGCAGCCUCGUACGUGUCUGUUCUGGAAUCCUCAUCAGACUUCAACGGCGAUGACAAGUCGGACUUUGACGACCGAAGCUCUCAUUUCCCGACAGCCUUUUCCCUCCCGAGGUUCAUCCCGCUGCUGAGAGAGCGCAUUUGGGUCAUCAACCCCUUCACACGGAACUUCCUGGUUGGCUGGCUCACCUUGCUGGACUCAAUCCCUGAUCUGGAGCUUGUGACCUAUCUGCCUGAUUUCUUGAGCGGGCUGCUCAGAUUCUUGGGCGACCCGAAUGCGGACGUGCGAACAUCAACGCAAACCUGCCUGGAUAAAUUCUUAAACGAGAUCAAGCGCAUUUCCCGGGUCAAGAAGGGCAUCUCAGACACCAAGAGAAUGCGCGAGGGCGGGAAAAGGAAGCGCCAGGACUCUGCAGACAGCGAGAUAGGUCGCGUCGAUUUGGAAGAGGGCGAUGAAAUUCACUCUGACAUCGUAGAUGAGGAAGACCAGGAUGACUUGGACGAGGACUGGAUCCCAGGACAAGACGUGGAAAUCAACUACAAAGAGAUUCUGGAAAUCCUGACAUCGUCGCUGGACUCGCCUCUUGAGGAGGAUUGCUUGUUGGAGUCGCUCCGAUGGAUUGUGGAUUUCCUGGACAUCUGUCCAGAGGAGGUCCUGCCCUUCACACCAAAGAUCCUCGCCCACAUGCUUCCUGCCAUGGCAAGUCCGAAUGAGAUCAUUCACCAAGCUGCAACAAGAGUUAAUGGCGCCUUGAUGGAUUAUGUGGUGUCUCUAGCCGAUGAGCCGACAUUCCACAAUCAACCGGCGGUGUCCCAAGGGCAGACACAGGCUCAGUCUACCUCCAGACUGCCACUGUCGGGCGAGAAGGCUGAAGGAGGCAACAGCAGCAACCGGGCUUCACUCACAAGUUCAAGGGACCUGGAAAUGCCUGGCCCUGCUCCGGUUCCGUCACAAGGUCGCUCAAUGUCAACGCCCACGGGGAUUAACACCUCGCAACAGCAGACCGACUUGGACUAUGGGGCAGCCGUGGGCUCGCUCACCCUGCUCUUCCUCAACGACCACGAAGCUACGCGGGUGGCUGCCAUGACGUGGCUCAUCAUGCUCCAUCGCAAAGCGCCUGCCAAGGUACUCUCCAAUGGGGACGGUAUCUUCUCAGCCUUGUUGAAAACGUUGUCUGAUCCGUCAGACGCAGUCGUGACCAAGGACUUGCAGCUCAUGUCACAAAUCUCACGGACCAGUGAGGACUCCCACUUCGCGUCCUUCAUGAUGAAUUUACUACAGUUGUUCGCUACGGAUCGGAAGCUCCUGGAAGCUCGUGGAAACCUGGUGAUUCGGCAGCUCUCCAUCAACCUGGGCCCGGAGAGGAUCUACAGGACCAUGGCCGAGAUCUUGGAGCGAGAAGACGAUAUGGAGUUUGCAAGCAUCAUGGUGCAGAACCUGAACAACAAUCUCAUCACAGCCCCUCAGCUGUCAGACAUGCGGAAGCGGUUGCGCAACUUGGAGAGCAAGGAUGGGCAGACUCUCUUCGUGAAUCUUUUCAGGGCAUGGUGCUAUAAUGCCGUUGCUACAUUCUCGCUCUGCCUUCUUGCGCAGGCCUACGAACAGGCGUAUCACCUGCUUCAGAUUUUUGGAGAGCUCGACAUGACUGUCAACCUCCUCAUUCAAGUCGAUAAGCUGGUGCAGCUUAUCGAAUCCCCGGUGUUUACCUACCUUCGACUACAACUGCUCGAGCCCGAGAAAUACCCCUAUCUAUACAAGUGCAUGUAUGGAAUCCUCAUGCUACUACCGCAGUCAUCGGCCUUUGCUGCCCUUAAAAACCGUCUGAAUAGCGUCAGCUCUAUUGGGUAUUUGCACGUAGCGCCGAAGAGCACGGCAUCGACAUCAAGUGCCUCGAGUUAUGACCGACCAAACAGGCUCAAGGGUCGUGAAGAGAGUGGCAUUCGCUGGGUCGAGCUGCUAGACAAGUUCCGCAACGUUCAAGAGCGAGCUCGAAGAGCAUCCAGCUUGAUGAAUGAAAGCGACGGCAUGCUGAUGGGCGUCAGCGAUCUCCGUAUAGGAGACGGGCCUGCUGAUCAUAAGGGCAAAGAUGCACGGUCUGUGCCUGUCGACGCGCCACCGCUGCCCCCCAAGGACCCAACCCCGGCCCCGCCUGCUCCAGCACCAGUCAAGAAGUCCGGGCUGGGGAGACAGUUUGGAAGGCUAGGCGGCGCGGUCGCGGGUAAGAAUAGACGUAAUUGA